GAUAAGCAGAAUAGGAACUCUUUCAGGUGUCUUGCAGGACAAACCAAUUGUCGGAAGUGGAGGGUCAAGAAAUCUUAUCUGAUACCCGCGUGAGUACGUACGCCACCGGCUACCUUUGGCCGUUAGCGCCGCAUUGCAUGUUCAUGCGGAACGACGACGAUAUACGAGCUUUGAUGCUAGUGCUGGUCCUCCUAGUGUGUUUGAUAUCUGCAGCCCUGUUGUGGUUCCUCCUGUCGUCGUGUAUGGGCACAUCAAUCCGCCAAGUCGCGUCAAACCUUUGGGAAUACUCUGUACUUAGUGCCAGACAUGGGGGUAAUGGACAUAGGAGAUUUGGAGACGAAGAGCUAUGGGAGAUGGAACAUCGCAGGGGAAUAUAACCAUUGCGAUUGAUGAAGCUUGAAGCAGGAGAAUUGUUGAUUUUCCCCCUUGGCGUUGGCAAUUAUUAACUGGCUUUUCUCGUAAAUUGAU